AGGUGGAGCUGUGGAGCAGCGGCUCGCAAAUGGACUCCACUGGACUCUGACUUGGGAUGGGUGUUUGUCAACAGGUACUGGGUGUCGUUGGUUUUGACCUGUCGUGCCGCCCCCGCUGCACCCACGCACUGCUCUGCCAUCAAAUGUACGUUGUCAGUGUUUCUGGUGGAGCCGCACAACAGUGGCCCAUGCUCGUACCGCGUUCACGGACUGACUCCGUGAACCCAGGACGUCCCUAACCUCUCAAGUCUGUUGUUGUUUUGAAAAAGUCGACUGCCACGGCUCUCGUGGGGACUCGAGACAACGACGCAGCCUCUGCGGGCUUCAGUUCAGGCUGGAGAGUCCGAGAUGAUGUGAUCUAACAAACAUCUCACCGACGCAAGAUUCUUCAAUGAAUGGAUUAUGAUGGUUCAUGGAACAGCUCCCAUGAUGGCGGAACGAGCUAUGAACAACAAUAGUGACAAUGACUCCGGCUCCCAGCUGGGUGGUCCAAGUAUGAAUGGAAGUGAAGGAAACUGUAGACAAAUGAAGAUAAAGACUAAGACGGAGGAUGCAUCCCUAUCUCCUGAUGAUGAUGAUGGUGAUGAUGAUGACGACGACGAUGAUGAUGAUGAUGACGAUGACGAUGAUGAAGAGGAUGGAAAUGGAUGGAGAAAUCUGGCCUGCUUGCUGUGUGGCAAACCUAAUGAUGACAUACCAGAACAGAAUGUACAAAACAAAGAGGAGCCGUACCUUUGUGCAUCUUGUAGCCAACGCUUUGAGCUGAUUCAUCAUGGAAACCAAGGGGAGCCCCAGGUGAGUCUCGGGAUGGACGAUGAUGACGAUGACGACGAUGCUGACGUCAAGCCCAUCGUGAGCCUCGAGGAAGCUGACGAGGAGCUGAUGGGUCCUGGCGGGGUCCUGGCGGCCGCGGCAGGGAGCGGGUCCAAAGGCGGGCCGCUGGACUGCGCCGAGUGCGGCCUCAAGUUCCAGGACGCGGCCGCGCUCGAGAGGCACGCCAUGAUGCACCUGGUGGGGUCGCACCCGCUCGAGGACGACGACGCCGACGUGGAGUUCGCCCGGCCGGGUCGGCCCGCGCGGCCCUUCAAGUGCGAGGUCUGCCUCCGCGGCUUCAACCGGAAGGACAAGCUCAAGCUGCACCUCAUGAUCCACCGGGGGGACAAGCCCCUCAAGUGCGACUUCUGCGGGAAGGCGUUCCUGCGCCGCGACCACCUCAAGAACCACGUCAAGACGCACACCAAGCCGAGCCGCACGGCCUCGCCCAGCAAGGUGCAGGCCCGGCGCGACCAGCAGCGGCGGGACAAGGACCUGCAGGCGCGGGCCGGCGCCGCCCCCGCCCCGGAGCAGCAGCGCGACCCCGCGGCCGGCGCCGACCCGGAGGACAAGCCGGAGCGCGAGCGGCCCUUCGGCUGCGACGUGUGUCACAAGAUGUUCUCCCGCAAGGACAACCUGGCGGCGCACAUGCGCAUCCACACGGGCGAGAAGCCCUUCGGCUGCGACGUGUGCGGCAAGUGCUUCGCCGAGAAGUGCGCCCUGAAGCGGCACAUGGUGGUGCACACGCAGGAGAAGCUCUACCCGUGCGGCAUCUGCGGCCGCGCCUUCUCGCGCAAGGGCCACCUCACCGAGCACGUCUGGCUGCACGACGAGGUCAAGCCCUUCCUGUGCAACGUGUGCGGCAAGGCGUUCGCGCGCGACCGCAAGCUCAAGAGCCACAUGAUGACGCACAGCGGCGAGCGGCCCUACAAGUGCGACGUGUGCGAGCGCGCCUUCGCGCGUAAGGACAACCUCAAGAGCCACCUGUCGCUGCACUACGGCGUCAAGCCCGUGCGGGCCCCCAGGCCGGGCGCGGCCAGCGCAGCUGGGGCCGCCGCCGUGCUCAGUCCGGAGCACGACGCCGUUGCCAUCGUGGCGCCGUCGCCUGAGCAGCUGCAGGUGCAAGCGCAGGUGCAAGCUCAGGUGCAGGCCCAAGCGCAGGCGCAAGUUCAUGCUCAAGCCCUUGCUCAGGCCCAAGCGCAAGC